AUGGUGCCAAGAGGACAAUUGUUAAAACACCCUGAUACAUAGGAAAUGAUGCAAAAGGAAACAACCCUGUUUCCCAGUGUUAUGUCCCACACAGAUAAGCAAUGCAUUUGCUAAUUUUAAAGCCAGAGAGGGAAGGAAGCAUGACAGCAAAGUUUCCGCCACAGCAAACAUUAGAAGGGGGGGAAAAAAGUCAAGAAGCCUGUCUUGGAAAAAGCUCAGUGUUGGAUGUGACUGCUCGGAGUCAGGGUGGAAUCUUUCACACCGGCUUAUGGUGGAAUAAUGGCACACAAUGAAACACAUCCCUUUAUGGAAAUACUAAGUUCAGUUAAUCUCGGUGAUAUGAUUCUUGCCUUCUGUUUAUCAAUGCUAGUGGGCCUUCUGCUUGGCGCUCUGGUGUACGUCCUGUUGACCUGGGCGUCCAGGCGUCAAGCCACUGUCAUGAUCACGAGACGUUCCAAUAGGAAAACUCGCACCUCACAAUCAAACAACCCAACGAAUGGCCAGCUGGGCCUUUACAGAAGCACCUUUCUGAGUGUCUACAGGCAACCGUCUCUGGAGCCUGUGGGUCCACUGGGGAGCAAACCUGGAGCAGAGACCUCCACCUUCCGACCAGUCGCCAAGAGGAGCAGAGCCGGCCUGGAGAUGGCAGAGGACACCCAGGUGGACAUGCCUGAGGACACAGCGGCUUCCAUCUCAUCCGAUUCAGAAUCACUUGUGCCAAACAAGAGACACUCCUUCUGGUUGGGGGGCAAUGGACUGAAAGGAUUCCUCCCCUCUCACACUGGCCCUCCUGCGUACGACAGUGUCAUCCAUGCAUUUGAAGAGACUUGCACUUGAAACAAAAACACAACAAACACUGAAAAACAACAACAUUGUGGGAUUACAACAGACUCUGCGGCUGUGUUCUGAUCUGCAGAUUUCUCUGCAAACUGAAUUAUAAGCCAUUUCUGCCACAUCUCGGCAUGUGACUGAAUAGCAGAGUCAGCUGAGUAUUACAUAAUGGGGAUAUAGAUUAGAGUUGCAACUAACUUAUUGUACAAUUUGUAGAUUAUCAGUUAACCAGUUACCUUUCUCUAUGCAAUGUCACACAAUAUAACAAACAUAUUCAUCGCAGGGUCUAAAGUGAUGACCUGAAUAUUCAUAAAACACAAACAAGCAAAUAACAUAAUACUUUUGAGUUCUAAAAUACAAGCAUAUGCUUUCUUGUAGGAUGUCAUUGUUCUCCAGCUCAGAAACAAAGCACAUUUGACUGUAAUGGUGUAAAAAAAAAAUGGAGGGAAAAUGAAAACACUGUGUCCUACAUAUAAUUAUCUAAAAACACAAUAAAAUUGAAUGAUGAUUUAA